AGCAGUUCGAUGCCUCAAGGGAUGCACAGACCGGUGCAACCUGUUCGGCAGACCGCAAUCCAUCCUCAGCUUCUGGACACACCAGCUUGAACACGGUACAAAUCCCACUUUACAUUUCAUUCUCAUGGUGUAAGCAUGGUGGACAUGGUCUGAUGUGACCAUAUGGCCCCCUGGCUUCUGAGGAUCUUCAUGAGGAUCUUCAUGCUAUUUUUGCUCUACUUGGACCUCAUACACUGUAUUUUGAUGCUACAGCCACCCGGUCGUCUGACCAUGGAGUCCAUCAACAUGAGACACACACUCAGGUGGCGCCCCCUGCAGACUCCUUGCAGUACUGCGGUGCUCUACUCUGUACAGUACCAAGGCGAAUUCGAGCGGACGGCCCCGUACAUAACCUGGCUGGACGUCUCCGAGUGCCAGAACACUACGUCUACCCACUGCGACGUGACCUUGGACCUGGUCUCAGACUCCGACUACAACAUCCGCGUGAGAGCGCAGUGCGAGUCGCAGAUCUCGCAGUGGAACUACCUCAGCCCGCCUUUCAACAGAAAGGACACUUUGCUGACAGUGCCCCAAAUGGCGGUCUCUGCGGUGGGCUACACCCUGCUAGUGACUUUUGACCAGGCCCCGCCCACAGCCUCCAUCAACGUGGCGGUGUGGAAGCGAGGUGACAUGGCCCAGGCGGACGUCUACACCAUCUUGGCGGAGGAGAAGGUGCUCCGUGUCGCCGCCCUGCAGGAGGGAGCGGUGUACUGCCUCAAAGCGCACAUGACCCUGGAGCAGCUGAACCAAACGGGCAGCACCGAAAUCCACUGUGUGCUUAUCAAAGGUGCACAUGCUCCCUGGAAGAGCACCACGACUGUGGUGGUCACUCUGGUCCUCAUGGCGGGUGUCCUCCUUGCCACCUUCUGGACCGCGGUCCACUGCCGGGCACACGGCUCCCACCAGUGUUUUGACAAGGAGCCGCUGCCAAGCUCCCUGGUUAGUUUGAUGAUGACGAUGAAGCUCUUGAUUAGAGAAGCAACGACUUUGUGCAAACUGCACUGAGCACGCACCAGGUCGAGGAGUGCGAUAUUGCGCGUGUGGAAUCGCACGACAGUGGUGAGCGGGACCACCUCAGACCCGGCCUUUCACCGGUGCACGACACCAUCUGAAGAAACCAAGCUGGACCUUCACCGUUAGUUCAGACACGCCACUCAAAACCUCAACCUACAUGGGAUGUUAUCAGGAUCCCGUCCAGAACCUGAAAGACAUGUCUUUGGCCUCGCAUGCAGCUGAACCAGAAUGUCCUUGAUGUGAACCAUCGCAGGACUUUCACGCGACAUGUUGAACCAGAAACUGCAGAGCUGUCUGGAUCCAUGAAAGCAACUGAAGACUCAAUGGGAGCUCUGACAGAGAGCCAAUGUUUAUUUGUGUGGAGGAAUGUGGAUCCGACCCCGUUUAAAUGGCCGCAGUCAAAGUAAACAUUAAAUGGUGGGUGGUAUCAAGACCGGUCCAUUUAGACUUCAAACCAGUAGCAGCAUUCACAUGGACAGUACGCACUUUAAAAAACCUUCUUUUGUACUUCUUGACCCAAUAAAGGCAAAAAUCAA